AUGUCUUCGCUUUUUUCACAACCUUAUACAGUGACAUACACCUCCCGGGCUAUCUGUAUCAAUGGAUUGCCUAAAUUGCUUUUAGCUGGGUGUAUUCAUUACCCACGUAGUACCCCCGCUAUGUGGCCUUCAUUACUUCGUAAAGCUAAAGCAGGUGGAAUAAACACUAUUCAAACUUAUGUCUUUUGGAAUUUACAUGAACCGACACGUGGAACUUAUGAUUUUGCUACAGACUCAGCCAAUUUACCUUAUUUUAUUCAAUUAUGUAAAGAACUUGAUUUAUAUGUAAGUUUACGAAUUGGUCCUUAUGUCUGUGCUGAAUGGAAUUUUGGUGGAUUCCCUGUCUGGUUAAAACAUUUACCAGAUGUAAAAUUACGCACUAAUAAUGAAGUUUAUUUACAAGAAAUGAAACGAUUUGUAAAAAAAGUUGUUGAUGUUGUGCGUCCUUACUUUCCUGAUAAAGCUGGUCCAAUUAUUUUAUUACAAAUUGAAAAUGAAUAUGGUAACAUAUCUUAUGCUCAUGGUAAAGAAGGUGUAGAAUAUGCUGAAGAAUGUGGCCGUUUCGUAAAUGAUUUGAAUCUUUCAGCAUUAUGGAUUAUGUGUCGUCAAUAUGAUCAUGUACCAGGUGUAAUUCAUACAGUAAAUGAUUACUAUUGCCAUCAUUAUUUUGAAAAUUUACGUAAAGAACAUCCUUCUUCUCCAAUGAUGUGGACUGAAGAUUGGCCUGGUUGGCCACAAGAAUUUGGUGAAGCUAAACCAACUCGUCCCGCUGAAGAUUGUGCUUACGCUGUGGCAUAUUGGAUUGCUAAAGGUGGUUGCUAUCAUGCAUAUUACAUGUACCAUGGAGGUACAACUUUUGGUCGUUGUGGUGGGGGUCCACGUCAUACAACAUCUUAUGAUUAUGAUACUAUGUUGGAUGAAUAUGGAUUAGAACAUUAUACUAAAUAUUAUCACACUAAAAGAUUGCACGACAUUCUUCUUAAAUUUGAAGAUGUAAUAAUGAAAAAUCCUAUUCCUACUGCAAAGAUAUUAGAUGAAAAAUUAGAAGCAUUUGUUUAUGGAAAUAUUAAUUCUACGAAAUCGCUCAUUUUCUUAUGCAAUGCUGAUGAAAAAAAUGCUAAAAAAAUAGAAUUCUGUAACGUUUUAUGGGAUAUUCCUAGAUGGUCAAUCAGCAUCAUACAAGGUGGCGAUAAUUCUCUAGCAAUUCAACCCAUCCUUUUGAUGAAUACAGCUAUUGUUGAAAAACCAAAAGAUUCUCCUGGUCGAUCAGUAUUUAGACCAUUUCCUGCAAAUAUUGUUGAUUUCGAAUCAUUUGCUUGGUUAUUAGAGUCUACUCCACUUUUCACAGAUGAAAAUGACAAAAGAACACCACGUCCUCCACCACAAAUUGUAACCACACAAGAUACUACUGAUUAUAUGUGGUACGUGACUCAAUUUGAGAUUAAUAAUGAAGAAAUCGAAAAGAACCAGGCGUCUGCUAAAUUUAAUCUUAAGUUGUGUAAUGUUGGUGAUGUUGGUGUAGUUUAUGUGGACGGAAAAGUGCAAUCAGUACAUAGAGGAGGGAAUCAAGUUGAUGUUCCAUUAGAUCUUGAUUUUAAGAAUAAGGUAAAUGAAACCACUGGUACAGUAGAUAGUAACAAGAAAUACGUAUUUACAUUACAAAUCUUGAAUUGUUUGAUGGGAUUACCACAUAUUAUGGCUUACAUGGAAAUGUAUGAACAAGGACUCCUAGGAGAUGUAUAUUUGAACGAUAAAAACAUUACUCACAUAGGCUGGCAGGUCAAUGUUGGGCUUGAUGGAGAAAAAAAAAGUUAUUAUGAUCCUUCUGCGCAUUAUAACCUUCCAUGGAAGAGCAUGCAUACUGAAUCAUCUUUGCCCUCAACUUCAGAUCAGAAUAUAUUUCAUCAACGCACUUUAUUAGAUAUGCAAAAAAAAUAUCCCAAUUUAAUUACACAGAUUCCUGUUCAAGUGGGUCUCAUUUGGUACACAUUCCAAUUUACUUUACCUAAUGAAUAUCAUGAUAUUACUCGUACCCAGGACACACUUCCUCCGAUUGCAUUAGAUCUUACAUCGAUGUCAAAGGGUAAUGUGUGGGUUAAUGGGCGACAUCUUGGACGAUAUUGGCUAGAAAUUGCCACACGUCCCACAGAUCCACGUGCACGAGAUGAUCAAGAUUAUGCUGGAUGGUAUAAUCCGCAUUCAAAAUGUCGAGUAGGAUAUGAAUUGCCAUCGCAACGAUAUUAUCAUAUUCCUUUAGAUUGGAUUAAGCGAGACGGAGCUCACAAAAAUUGUGUAGUAUUAUUUGAGGAAUGGGGUGGAGAUCCUCGAGGAAUUCGCAUAGUGCAGCGUGUAAAAUGUAAUACAUGUGAAUAUAAUGAAAUAUGUAUUCAUAGAAUGUCUUAA